AUGCACAACCUGGCUGCUACUCUAAGCGACGGCUUCAGAGGCCGUCGAUCUGUCUACGCCCUCACCAACGAAUCGACAAUAUCUGACGAGCGACUGCGGGACCUCGUUUCUGAGGUGGUACUACACACUCCCAGCCCUUUCAACAGCCAGGCAACUCGUCUGGUGGUCCUCCUUAAGGACGAGCACCGGAAACUAUGGGACAUCGCAACCGAAGUCGCCAGUUCGUCGGUGCCUCCGGAAUUGUUUGAGAAGCUAUACAAGCGCCGAAUCGCCAUGUACCGUGCAGGAUAUGAAACGGUCCUGUUCUAUGAAGACCCAGCUCCGUACGGCAAGCUCGGGGGAAAAUGGCCUAUGCCGAAGGAUAAAUUCCCACAAUGGUCGGAACAUGCCAAUGGAAUGCAUCAAUUUGCCCUCUGGACACUCUUGGAAGCGGAAGGGCUGGGCUGCAAUCUGCAGCAUUACAGCCCAAUGCUUGAUGCCCGUGUCGCUGAGCAAUGGGAGGUCCCUGCGAAUUGGAGUCUCAAGGCACAGCUGGUCUUUGGGAAACCUGUCGGUCCUCCAGGAGAAAAGAUCUUCGAGCCUUUGAAAGCCACCAAAUGUCGCAUCCGACAUCGCAAUCAUAUUGGCCUGGCGGGAUCCCUGCGACCAUCAGUCUUCAUCCGACCAAGCUAUCCCCGUCAGAGCUUCAAGAAGAGACAAAGGGAAGAAUGGCGCCCAACAACUAAUGUUGAGGAUGAAGUACGUCAACGGCGCGUCCUGGUGGAGAAAUGGGCAGCGGCUACUCAGGACUUUCGAGCUGUCAGUUCUUACCAGCUUCGCGCCCCGUCGCCAUCCUCAGCGUUAGACUACCCAGCUUCUGCGCUGGCACAAGAACCUCAACCCGACAAGCGGUUCGUGUGUCUCGCUCCAGUGGACCGCCAAACGAACCCUCGCAACUACAUCCACCUACUCAAAUUCCUGAUCUUGCUGUACGUCCACCAGGACGAGUGGAACGACGUCCACCCCUUUGACCUGGCGGGGGCUGGGCAAGCACCGGGAUGCCACAUCCCGACUCUGAUCACCCCGAAUCCCUCCACCACCGGUCUGUCUGCGCACGGCGACUCACUUGGUCUAGCCGACGUCCUACCGGCGCUCUUCCUGGAGACCGCGGAUUUCCAUGCCAUAUCCAUGACCCGGACUGGCACGGUCGUGUUCGCAACGUGGGCUGGCUACUCUUGGUUCGUGAUUGACCAGACGGGGUUGGAUACUGGUCGGAUGGCACUGGUAGAGUACUCGUCUAGCGGUGGCAUCAAGGCUUCCACCCUCCGAAGACCCUGGAAUAUGGGGCAAGUGAUGUCUUUCGGCCAGAUUCUAGGCCGCAGUGUGUCUGAACUCGCUCAGUCAAGUAUCGGUGGCCAUGAACAUUAUAAUCAACCUCUGGAUAUGGACCUCCCCAUCCUCGAUAUCUUGGAAUCCGCCAGGCAACGAGGCGAGUUCCUUUUUGCGGGCUACGGGAGUCGUGAAUUGUGGUCUCGGAUUAUUGAGCAGAGUGCACCUGGGUAUUUGGAUUUGGAAGCUAGAGGCCAAGAGCUAGACUUUGAUCUUGCAAGUCUCCUACCAAUUGACUGA